AUGUCAUCACUCCUCUUCCGUUCCAGCUCUCUCUUCCUCUUACUCGUUCUUUCAGUCCUUGUCUCAUCCUUCACCUUCGCUCACGAUGGUUCUCAUCUCGAUUUCGUCAUUGACUAUCCGAUGGUCGACAAUGGAACCGUCAUUCCACUCGAUGCAGCUGAUUAUGCCGAUAAUGAAGUUGUCAUUCGAUUCAAUCUUCCUCGACUUCCUCUCGGUGGCAAUGCCGAUGAUUCGAAACGAAUUUACGUAAAAUUCACUCGCAACGAUACCUAUCCUUCGUUUUUGACCUUUGAUGAAAGUAAUUCGAAUACCACAUCAGUUACUAAUUGUAUGAGAUUUAGAACGAGAGUGGGAGCACCGCCAAGACCAGAAAGACCUUCCGGUAAUGUGUAUGAAACCUAUAAGAAUACUACUUCAAUGGCAGUGAAUGUUGGAUCGUGUGAUUUUUAUAUUGAAGUCAAGCCUGGUUUUUAUGAUCCACAACAAACAUCGGAUCCAAAGUGUGUGGUGAGCUUUGUGUUGGGUAAGAUGACAUGUGACAGCGCCUGUCAAAGUGCAAUGAAGACCACUUGUGAUGCUGAAUUGAAUUAUGAGGCUAGAGUGAAUCAUGCCAUGGCAACUACGAGUACUUCUGGAUUUUUCUUUGCCAUGAUCUUAUUGAUGGUUUUGAGCUUUUUAAUGUCUUUCUAA